ACCCACCAAUAACAAAACCUCUUUCUCCUUGAACUCUCCCCUCUUGUCUCUUUCCGUGUCUGUGAUUCAAAACAAGAAAAGGGAAGAGAAAAGAAAACAACUUUGACCCAGAGAUCUAGGGCUCUCCCUCCUCCCUUCACCUCCAUUUGUCCUUCAAUCUAUUCUAUUCUGUAAGUCUUCACAUCACAGCACAUACAUUUUUUUUUUGUUUUUAUUCUUUCAUCCUUCUGUUUCAGUUGUGUGUGUGUGUAUAUAAUGGAUAGCAAUUACACAGCUAUAUCAAAGAGCUCAUUUGUAGAUUUACAAAUACACGAUGAUAUUCAAAACCCGUUACCCCAAAGAAAGACCCACAUCAAAUUACUACCUCUUGAUGAUGUUGAGAGAUUUGCUGAUCCCAAGAUUGGCAAUGGCCAAAGUUUUGAAGAAGAUGAUGAUGAUGAUGAUGAUGAUUUUGAUAUUGAUGAUUAUCCACUUGUUUCGAAGACGAAAACAAGUAAAGGUUCUGGUGUUCAUGGUGCCGUUUUUAAUCUCACUACGUCCAUUAUAGGGGCUGGGAUUAUGGCCUUGCCUGCUACAAUGAAGGUUCUUGGGUUGGUUUUGGGAUUUGUGUUAAUAAUAUUGAUGGGUAUUUUGUCUGAAAUUAGUGUUGAAUUGUUAGUUAGGUUUUCGGUUCUUUGCAAGGCUUCUUCUUAUGGUGAUGUUGUUCGGUAUGCCUUAGGCAAACCGUCUAAGGUUUUGUCUGAAAUUUGCAUAAUUGUGAACAAUGCCGGUGUUUUGGUUGUAUAUUUGAUUAUUAUAGGUGAUGUCAUGUCGGGAUCGCUCCAUCAUGUGGGUGUUUUAGACCAAUGGUUAGGAAAUGGUUUUUGGGAUCAUAGGAAGGUGGUGAUUUUGGUUGUUGUGGUGGUUUUUUUAGCACCCCUUUGUGCAUUGGAUAAAAUUGAUUCCUUGAGCUUGACUUCAGCUGCUUCGGUGGCGCUUGCUGUGGUUUUUGUUGUGGUAUGUUUUGUUGUUGCUUUAGUUAAGCUCAUUGAAGGGAAAAUCGAGGCCCCGAGGAUGACCCCUGAUUUUGGUUCAAAGAGGGCUAUUUUGGAUUUGCUCGUGGUGAUUCCGAUCAUGACAAACGCUUAUGUUUGCCACUUCAAUGUUCAGCCUAUAUACAAUGAGCUUGAAGGGCGAACACCACAGAAAAUGAACAGAGUGGGCAGGAUCACCACUGUUCUUUGCGUUGUGGUUUAUGCUUCGACUGCUGUUUCAGGUUAUUUACUUUUUGGUAAGGACACUGAAUCUGACGUGCUGACUAAUUUUGACAAGGAUCUUGGAAUUCGUUUUAGCUCUGCCUUGAAUUACAUUGUUAGGAUUGGCUACGUUCUUCAUUUGGUUCUCGUUUUUCCUGUUGUUCAUUUCUCUCUAAGACAAACAGUAGAUGUCUUGGUGUUUGAGGGAUCAGCUCCCCUUUCAGAGAGUAAGAAAAGGUCUUUGGCCUUAACAGCUGUUCUAUUGGCACUGAUUUUUUUUGGGUCUACUAUGAUUCCAAACAUCUGGACUGCUUUCAAAUUUACAGGGGCUACAACAGCGGUUUCAUUAGGUUUUAUAUUCCCAUCUCUUAUUGCAUUGAGGUUAAGUCAGAGAGGGGAGCGUUUAAGCAUCGGGGAGAAGUUUUUGUCAUGGCUGAUGUUAAUAUUGGCUGUAAUAGUUAGUAUUGUUGGAUUGAUUGGCAAUAUAUACAGCCUCCAAAGCAGUUCUGAAUGAUUCUGAGUACUUGCUGGAGUUGCUUUUGUGUAACUGCAGAAAUUCUCAAAUUUGCACAGAAUAAUGGGGGUGUGAAUUCUCUAUUGUCAUUUUGAUCACUGCCUACUUGCAUCAAACCAUCAAGUCCAACCGGGGUUGACACUUUGCCAAGCACACUGUUUCAGUCUGUGAAGUUCUGGGUCCAGUUUAGAAAGUCCUCUGUUGCUUAGUCAUUUUUAGAUUUGGUUCAGCAUUCAUGAAUACUUCAGGAGAUCCCUUCAGUGGUUACCGGCCAUCUUCAAGUUGAUUGAAAAUUAUACAAUGUCAAUUGAAGUAGAACUUUAUUUAGCCUCUGACAAUUCUCAAUGGAAGCUGUUUAAACGGUAUAAUUCUGCAACAAGACUUCUUUUGUAAUUUUUGUUAGAAUAAGUGUUGGUGGAAGCUUUAUUAGCUCUUCGUUAUAUGAAAACAUUCUUUUCAGUUUUUGUCUUGAUUAUAAAGUUCAACUCCUAGCCUUUCUUAUCA